UUAAGGUAAAAGUAGCAACAACGAUUACUGUCAAAGCGGAACGUUUGAUAACCGGCAUCAAAGAGGGUCGGAAUCAUUUGAUAGAGCACCACGCCACACUGAUCAACUGACCUGACAAACCGACCUCUUUACUCUAAAACAAAGGAGAUGGCGCUGCGUGCUUGUGGCUUCAUAGUGUUUCGUCGUCUGGCCGCAGUGCCUCCACCAGACAACAUCGAGUACCUCCUCCUGCAGACCUCUUAUGGGCAGCACCACUGGACCCCACCCAAAGGCCACGUGGAUCCAGGUGAGGAAGACCUCAUCACAGCUCUGAGGGAGACCGAGGAGGAAGCGGGGUUGGGGGCGGAGCAGUUGCAGGUGCUUGACGGCUUUGUGCAAGAGCUGCGCUACGAGGUGCGAGGCCGACCCAAAGAAGUGCUCUACUGGCUGGCCGAGCUGAGGGACCCAGGGACAGCGGUGACGUUGUCCGACGAGCACCAGGACUACCGCUGGGCCCGCAUGGAGGAAGCGUGCACUUUGGCCCAGUACAAAGACCUGCAGGACACACUGAGAGCCGCGCACAGACACCUGGAGGCUGCCCAGGACGAACCGCAAUGAACCAGGAUGUAGACAGUGCACAGGGGAUGAAUAAAGAAGGGGGAAGCUGAAGAGGUGGUAGAUCACCCGAUAGAAUGAUAGUGUUUACAAUUUAUUUGAUUUUCUAAAUGUCAGCCAUGUGAGCUCUACAACAGCCUCCAUGCGGUCUUCUUUUGACAGUUCAACAUCCAGCCAAGAAACAUGAGAUCUCCCUGUCACCCCCUGCAGCUGAGCGUUGUUCUUUAGGUGUUCUUCCCCCAACACCUAUCCGUCCUCCUCAGAUUUUUCAGCCUCCUCUGCCAGGUCCUUUGUUGCCCUCCUUAGCCUCCCUCCGGUCACUCCUGCAUCCCUCAAGAGGCGUGUGGUUGACAAACCCAAGAACCCUCGGCAUCCGACCUCCACUGCACUCAGCAGCCAACUCUGAGUACUUGGCCUUCUUGCGUUCGAAGGCGACCUCAAUCCCCUCCUCCAGUGGAACUGUGAGCUCAAUGAGGUGCACAGGUCUUGCCUUGGUUGACCAGGCAACUAUGUCUGGCCGGAGAGAUGUGUGGCCAUCUCCAUGGGGAAUUAAGCUGCCUGUCGAGGUCAACCCUCAAUGUUAAACAUGAACUUCAUGUUUGUUUUAACACAGAUGAUUUAAAAAAAGACGACUAUCCAAAUUAACGGACAGAAUUACCAUAUGACGGAAGUUGCAGACACUUGAUACGCAGCAAGGUUUUGUUUGCGCUUUCUGCGUUCACUUCUUCACUAACAAGCUAAUUAAGUUAUUCAAGAUUAAUAUAUAAUUAAGCUCAAGAUUUAAAAAAAAAGAUUUUACAGUCAUUGGAAGGAGUCACCUUUGGCCCCCAAACCCUCGUUUUAAAUAAGCUGAUUAAGCGUUGGUUGUAUAUGUAGUCAGCCUGCACAGGAUAAAGAGCCUGGGCAAAAUCCCAUUCAGUGUGUUUAAUUGCUUUAUUAAAUCAACUACUCAUAUUUUUGAACAACUGAACCAUGUUUCAUUUCAUUGCUGUAGUAUAAACUUGAAAAGCAGUAACUAGCAUGCAUACAUCCAAAAGGCUUGUAAAGUUAAGUGGGACUUCCAACGUGACCCCUUGUCACCGGCACAUUGUGCUCUCAACAUGCAGCAUUACCAGCCUAUGCUAAAGGUUGAAUACUGCUAUGCUGGGAUAUUUCUCCACUGUAACAUAGUUUAAGUUUCAUCGCAAUACAAAGGUACAAAAUAUCUCAAAUCUUCUCUGCAUUUAUUUGCAAUUAAGGACAAGGGUUAGGGUUAUAUUGUUGUAAAUCCUUCAAGUGUCAGUUUACCAUGAAAAAGAACUCUCACAUCACCUGUAGUAUUCAGCAAUAUGAAUAGUUUGAACUUUCAUAUUGCUCAUAAGAUUUCUAAUUCCAGUACAUCUGGAAGGAGAUUAUGGAAUUCGGUUCGUGGCUCUCAAAGGAUUAAAAGGAAACAUUGAACUGCAACGUGACUUCCCCAGAACCACGUCGCACUGUCAAAGGAUUUCAUGGUGUCUAUUUUAACACGUGUUGCUGAAGGAUAAUAUUUUUUUAAAGUUGAUUUAUUCCAGUGCAGUGAUCACAAGAAACAAAGUCCUUUUCAAAUCGAUUGUAUCAGAGUGCAGGCAGAAAGUUCUGAUGACAAGAUGUUGGCAAAUUAAACAAAUAUGCAGAUACCACCGUAUUUUUUGUAACUUUGGUGAACCAGCUUAUAAUAAACCAUAGAACACAUUA